GUUGCACUUGGACCGUCGGUAGAAUCGGUAGGAAUCGGUUUCCUGCUGUUCGCGCGCGUCGAACAAUUUCACAUUCAGUUCCCAGUAGUAGUUGAUUGAAGUUGGUCUUACCCUCCCCGUGGUCACCUCCCCCGGUACCCUUGCAGCUCUCCCGGAAACGCAAAUUCGAGGAGCAGGGGGCAGACAGUCGUCCCUCAGUGUGCAGGAUAGUAGGAAACAGCCAGUCCAAAAAUAGUUCCCAGCUCCUCUGGAGCAACCGGUAGCUUUGUGAAGGAGCCCCAUCAGUGCUGGUGAUACCAGGAAUGAAAAUCUGCAAAUCGGAUUCAUUUUGUGGUGCAAUUUAACGGUGGUAGUGGUUGGAGUUAUUUGUAAUUUGAUGAUGACGAAAAAAAAAGUGUUUUACUAUCUCUAGAGUGCAGUUCUGUAGCAUAUAGCUUUCGUGUCUAGUUCAUUGUUGGCUGUUGUCAGUGUCAGUCGGUGUACAAGUAGAGAAUCGAUAUUUUUCGGCGGUAAUAUUCGUGCAACGGAAAACUAUUUUUCAACCACCUUACUGUCUGUGAUAGGAAUAACCGGUUUUUGGAAGAGGCUUACUAUACCAUCGAUCUAUUUUUUCUACGAGCAUGCAUCAAAAAUUUCUACGCUAAUCCUUUUUGUAGAACUUCUUGGGAGUAAUAAUAAGUGAGCGUUCAAAACGACUACUCCUACGAAUCUGCCACUACGUAUGAGCCACAACGUGAGCACCCACGUGGGAAGCACCAAUCAGUUUCGCUGAAACGAGGGACCAUCGGUUUUGGAUUGUAAAUCGCAUUUCGCACACAGUCCCGUGGGAUUACAUGGGAUAAAAUACAAAGCUGGGUGAACAAAGUGAAAGAGCAUCAAUAGGGCAUAAGGCACCGCCGGCAACGUCGUCGUCGUUAGACUAAGAAGAUUUUCCGUCCGGUCGGAAGAAAAAGGGAUCGAAUCCGUUCGGGAUCGAUCGGAGCCCCGGUGCUUAAGUUGGUGGAAAUCAAAUUUGGUGAUUGCUGUGAAUAAACCACUACACGUCCGCACGGGGACGAAUGAUAUUUUCCAAACAAAGACUCAGUGUGUAGGAUGACGGGGGAUGUUAGUGGAAGGAUGUGUGGAAAUUAUGCGGAGUAGAGAUUUGUUAACAAUAAGUGUGGUGAAAUAUGUGCUUGUGAAAACUUCUUUAUGACAUUGGAACACUUUUUUAGUGCAUAUAGAUGAAGCCUAAAUUUUUUUGUGGAUUUUGAGAUACAAUAUAAAAAAAACAAUAGCAGUUUAAUGUAGCGAGAGAAAACUUCAUUGAUUCGGUAGAUAGCUCAGUUUUUGCAAUCAAUUUUGAUUGCCGAUAUCCUACAAAUAACAGGGAUUAUUUUCGUUUUUUUGUGAUUAUCCUAUACGUGACGUCCAGUUGGUACCUUCCAAACGUCCCCACGGUGUCUAAACAUCUCGCAUCGAGAAGCGGGUUCUCCCGACUGAGCGAAUAAAACCAACUGAGUCCCAGUAAAUCUUGGGGAUUACAAAGGCUUCAGCAAUGGAUUCCUAGCUUGUAAAAAAAAUAUGAGCACUCGCCAAUGGAUUAGUUGACAAUAGGUUUCGAAACUGAGCACAAUUUUAUAAACAAAGAUGAUCGGUAGCGUAGGAGGCCGACACAUGUCGACCCGGCGGCGUGGUUCCUCGCCGAUGGUUCGACUCGGAGGAGGCAGUUUAAUGGCGCACCUGGAACCACCCGACGGCCUAAAUACCCCGCGAGUGUCUCCCCGCCGGAGGCGAGCCGUGACGACCAGUGACCACAAAAGCUGUGCUUUAAUACAAACAAGACUGAAACUAGGUGACAUCAUGUUGGCAGCGGCUCAAGAGGCGGCGCUCGCAGGUCAGGGCUCCAACGGGGGCCAGUUUGGUCGCAAAGGAGGCCAAUACUUAGCUGAUAAGAUGGGCGGCCCCAGUAGUCAAGGGGGCCAACCCCCGUCCGGGGGUGGGCCCACUUCCCUGUUCAUCCUCUCCGAGGACAACAUCAUUAGGAAAUACACACGAUUCAUAAUCGAAUGGCCGCCCUUCGAGUACGCUGUCCUGCUGACAAUCAUUGCCAACUGUGUGGUGUUGGCCCUCGAGGAACAUCUGCCCCACGGUGACAAGACGCUGCUGGCCCAGAAGCUGGAGAAGACGGAGGCCUACUUCCUCGGCAUCUUCUGCGUGGAGGCCUCGCUGAAAAUCCUCGCCUUAGGGUUCGUCAUGCACAAACACUCCUACCUCAGGAACAUAUGGAACAUAAUGGAUUUUUUCGUCGUAGUUACGGGAUUCAUCACAUUAUUCCCGCAGGAGGGACCCGAAGUAGAUCUGAGAACGUUGAGGGCCAUCCGUGUGUUACGGCCCUUGAAAUUAGUGUCUGGAAUUCCUAGUUUACAAGUAGUUUUAAAGUCUAUCAUCAAAGCCAUGGCGCCGUUGCUGCAAAUAGGAUUGUUAGUCUUGUUUGCAAUUGUUAUCUUUGCAAUCAUAGGCUUAGAGUUUUACUCGGGUGCUCUGCAUAGAAGUUGUUAUAGCUUAGAGGAUAUCUCUCAAAUAGUCAAGGAGGGUGAGUUUCCAACGCCUUGCAACGCGGACAAUGACACGAUAGCACCGACCGGUGCUUAUGUGUGUAACAGCAGUGACAGUAUGUGCGUCGAGCAGUGGGAGGGUCCCAACUUCGGAAUCACCAGCUUCGACAAUAUUGGCUUCGCCAUGUUGACGGUGUUCCAGUGCAUCACUAUGGAAGGCUGGACGGCCAUUCUCUAUUGGACCAACGACGCCUUAGGAUCUACCUUCAACUGGAUCUACUUCGUGCCGCUGAUAGUGCUGGGGUCAUUUUUCAUGCUUAAUCUAGUUCUUGGUGUCCUCAGCGGUGAGUUUGCCAAAGAGCGAGAAAAAGUAGAAAAUAGGCAGGAAUUCCUAAAGCUUCGCAGACAACAGCAGCUUGAGAAGGAGCUCAACGGCUACGUCGAGUGGAUUUGCAAAGCUGAGGAGGUUAUCCUGGCCGAGGAGAGGACCACCGAGGAGGAAAAGAUGCACAUAAUGGAAGCUCGAAGACGCGCCGCAGCCAAGCGGAAAAAGCUUCGAAAUCUAGGGAAAUCCAAAUCAACCGACACCGAGGAGGACGAUCCCGACGAUGACUGCGGAGAUGACGUUAUUGUCACCAAACGCAAGAAAGGGUACCUGAAGUCCAAAGUGAAAACGCAGGGCAAAUGCAUCGGGUUUUGGCGGGCGGAAAAGCGCUUCCGCUUCUGGAUCCGGCAUACCGUCAAGACGCAGUGGUUCUACUGGUUCGUCAUCGUGCUGGUCUUCUUCAAUACGGUGUGCGUAGCGGUCGAACACUACGGCCAACCGAACUGGCUGACGCAGUUUCUCUAUUACGCCGAGUAUGUGUUCCUUGGGUUGUUCAUGAUGGAGAUGUGGAUCAAGAUGUAUGCCUUGGGGCCGCGGAUAUACUUCGAGUCGUCGUUCAAUCGGUUCGACUGCGUCGUCAUCAGUGGAUCUAUCUUCGAGGUGGUGUGGUCUGAGGUGAAGGGAGGCUCAUUCGGUUUGUCUGUGCUGCGAGCCUUGAGGUUACUUAGGAUAUUUAAGGUUACAAAGUACUGGUCGUCACUGCGCAACUUAGUUAUAUCGUUACUCAACUCGAUGAGAUCCAUCAUUUCACUGUUGUUCCUGCUCUUCUUGUUCAUACUGAUCUUCGCACUACUGGGAAUGCAACUGUUCGGAGGACAGUUCAACCUGCCGGAUGGAACGCCGCCAACCAACUUCAAUACGUUUCCGAUAGCACUGCUGACGGUGUUCCAGAUCCUAACCGGCGAGGAUUGGAACGAAGUUAUGUAUCAGGGUAUCGAAUCGCAGGGAGGUCACAAAAAGGGAAUGAUUUACUCGCUGUACUUCAUCAUCCUGGUGCUGUUCGGUAACUACACACUGCUAAACGUAUUCUUGGCUAUCGCUGUCGACAAUUUGGCCAAUGCACAAGAGCUGACCGCUGCCGAGGAAGAGCAAAUGGAGGAGAACAAAGAGAAACAGCAGAUGGAGCUGGACAAGGAGAUGGGAGCACUGCAUCUGCAAACCGAUGGUUCGCCGCCCCGGGUUGAAGUUUCUUCGCCUUCUCCAACCCGGGGGAACGGAAGCAAGGCGAACAAAAAGGAAGAAGACAAGGAAGAGGACGACGACGACAUUCCGGAUGGGCCGAAACCGAUGUUGCCGUACUCUUCGAUGUUCGUGCUCUCUCCAACGAAUCCAAUACGCUGCGCUGCGCAUUGGGUCGUCAAUCUCCGAUAUUUCGACUUUUUCAUCAUGGUCGUCAUCUCACUGUCAUCGAUCGCACUAGCCGCCGAGGAUCCCGUCGAGGAGGAUUCACCGCGCAACAAAAUUCUCAAUUUUUUCGAUUAUGCAUUUACGGGAGUGUUCACGAUAGAGAUGCUGCUCAAAAUCGUGGAUUUGGGCGUGAUACUGCACCCGGGCAGCUAUCUGCGGGAGUUCUGGAACAUCAUGGAUGCGGUGGUCGUCAUCUGCGCUGCCGUCAGCUUCGGAUUCGAUAUGACUGGAAGCAGCGCAGGUCAGAAUUUGUCCACGAUUAAAUCGCUUCGGGUGCUGCGAGUGUUACGACCACUGAAAACCAUCAAGCGAGUGCCAAAGCUGAAAGCAGUGUUCGAUUGCGUUGUUAACUCGCUGAAAAACGUCAUCAACAUCCUGAUCGUGUACAUUCUGUUUCAGUUCAUCUUCGCUGUCAUAGCGGUGCAGUUGUUCAACGGAAAGUUCUUCUACUGCACCGACGACAGCAAACACACUAGUGAGGAGUGCAAGGGUUCCUUUUUUGUCUACGACGGUACCGAUCAACUGCCAAGAAGAGAGGUGCGGGAGUGGAAAACUCAAAGCUUCCACUACGACAACGUGGCCACUGCCAUGUUGACACUAUUUGCCGUACAAACCGGAGAAGGAUGGCCACAAGUAUUACAGAACUCCAUGGCUGCUACCUACGAAGACAAGGGUCCAAUUCAAAAUUUCCGAAUAGAAAUGUCCAUAUUCUACAUAGUAUAUUUCAUAGUAUUUCCAUUCUUCUUCGUUAACAUAUUCGUGGCCUUGAUUAUCAUUACCUUUCAAGAGCAAGGAGAAGCCGAACUACAGGACGGAGAGAUAGAUAAAAAUCAGAAAUCGUGCAUAGAUUUUACGAUAGGUGCUAGACCUUUAGAACGUUAUAUGCCAAACAAGCGGAAUAGUUUUAAAUACAAAGUGUGGCGCAUCGUAGUCUCCACGCCGUUCGAAUAUUUUAUAAUGAUGUUGAUCGUGUUCAAUACGUUACUGCUGAUGAUGAAGUUCCACGAAGCGCCACCGACACUGAUUGAUAUACUGAGCUUCAUGAAUUUGGUAUUCACAUUCUUCUUUUUACUGGAGACUAUUAUGAAACUGAUCGCAUUCGGAUGUAAGAAUUUUUUCAAAGAUCCUUGGAAUAUAUUCGAUUUUAUAACAGUUAUUGGAAGUAUUAUCGACGCAUUAGUUUUAGAAUUAGGGGAAAACUCAUUCAACGUUGGAUUUUUAAGACUGUUUCGUGCUGCACGAUUAAUCAAACUACUCCGACAAGGUUAUACAAUACGAAUAUUACUUUGGACAUUUGUUCAAUCAUUCAAAGCACUGCCAUAUGUCUGUUUGCUGAUUGCCAUGCUAUUUUUUAUCUACGCAAUUAUUGGCAUGCAGGUGUUUGGAAAUAUUGAACUAGAGCCUGAAUCAGCUAUCACUAGACACAACAACUUCCGUUCCUUUGUGCAAGGACUGAUGCUACUGUUCAGAUGUGCAACGGGCGAGUCGUGGCCGAACAUUAUGCUGGCAUGUCUCAAAGGGAGACCCUGUGACCCGAGAGCAGGCAAAUCGAACGAAACCUGUGGAUCGACACUGGCCUAUGCGUACUUUGUGUCGUUCAUCUUCUUCUGUUCGUUUCUCAUGUUGAACUUAUUCGUCGCUGUCAUCAUGGAUAAUUUUGACUAUCUGACACGUGAUUCAAGUAUUCUCGGUGCUCAUCAUCUGGAUGAAUUUGUGCGGAUAUGGGCCGAGUACGAUCCAAAUGCUACGGGUAAAAUACAUUAUACAGAAAUGUAUGAUAUGUUGAAAAACAUGGAUCCUCCUUUGGGAUUUGGUAACAAAUGUCCCAACCGACUCGCCUACAAAAAGCUCAUACGAAUGAACAUGCCACUGGACGCGGAGGGCAAGGUCGGCUUCACGACGACCUUGUUCGCGCUGAUCCGGGAAAACCUCAACAUCAAAAUGAGAACUGCCGAGGAAAUGGACCAAGCGGACCAGGAACUGCGACAAACGAUCAGCCAUAUUUGGCCACUGCAGGCGAAGAAGCUUCUGGACCUGUUGGUGCCCAGGAAGGACGAACUGAACACUGGCAAGCUGACGGUCGGUAAAAUUUACGCCGGUUUGCUCAUUCUGGAAUCCUGGAGAAAUACCAAGUUCGGUCAGAUCGAAUCGGACCUACCGGAGCUACAGGAUGUCUCUCGGCAGCCAUCAUUGGAAUCGCUAACAGGCGGAGAUGGUCAUCUGCAUCCGGGCCAUGCGUACCAUAACGGUCAUCGUAGAUCGCCAAGCUUAAGGAGAGAAUCACCGCUGGUGCGGACACCCAGUUCGCGUCGCCGGCAUCACGAUGUCGGGUUUUCCGACACCGUCUCCAACGUGGUCGAAAUCCAGAAGGAAGAGCACAAACGCGGUAGGCAUCAUUUCGGCUACGCCCACAGGCACAAUCGAGGUUCCUGGUCAGCAUCAACCAGCCCCGCCCGUUCGCCAUCACCUAAUCGUUUCGAUGUACAUAGUAGUGCCCAGCAUCGAAGUAGAAAAGAUCGUUCCAAAAACCAUCCGGCCCACCAAACGUACGACACAACGAUUCUCUGCGAGCGGUCUCGAUCUCCGAGUCCUGCCAGUUUGCUCCAAGAGCUGCGGGACCGCGAUCCCACACGGCGGAAGUAUAGGAAUGGAAUGGGUCCACCGGGUCAUGUGCAGCAUAGCUAUCCGGUACUGGUAGCUCGCCGUCAAGGACAAGGUCGUAGGUUACCUCCAACUCCGUGCAAGCCAUCGACUCUUCAACUCAAGCAGACCAACAUAAACUUCCCCAAGCUGAAUGCCAGUCCAACUCACACGCUGCACUCAACCCACACGACACCGCACAGCAUACAUUCGCUUCCUCCGACUCGGGAGUUCCUGCGGGAGCGGGAUCGAGAGCGGGACCGCGAACGAGAACGAGAUCUGUACUACCGAGAGCGCGACCGAGAGCGAGAUCGGGAGCGGUACCGCAGCAGCCGCGAACGGGAAGCACGUGAUUACGGUCCGCUGCAUUACGAGUUCCGCGAUCGGGAGCGGGAACUGUACGAACGGGAGAUCGAACGCGAAUUCGAGCGGGAGUAUGAACGCAUGGAACACCAGAUGCCUCUCUCGUACGAGCAGGCGUUGGCAAUGGGCCGAACCGGUGGCCGCGUUCUUCCAUCACCGAUACUGAACGGCUACAAACCAAAAGGAGGCCUUCACUCGUCCCGGCACUCGGACUCAGACGACGAAGACUGGUGCUAGCAUAGGGUGAGACGGCGACAGUGUGAACGGAAACGCAGGGAACAGAUAUGGGUGUAGCGAACCCGGAACGACAGCUGAUUGAGAACUCGUGGAACCGGCUGUGCAGCUUAGAAGAGAAGCUGUUCGGCAAACCAUAGCUUUACUACCCACCUGAGUCAAGAGCGUCGUCGUUAAGAACAACUCCCCUAUUAGAAAAAUAGAGUUAAAAGUAUCGAGACGUAACUGUUAAUCCACGGGAUCACGACGACUCACGUGAGAUAUUCGUAAUGUCUGAAAAUAGACACAAAUUUAGUCAUCGGUAGCUGGUAGUGUUAACGGGAUUCCCCUCAUAUUAUUUUCUUUCCAAUGUAAGGCCUUAGUUAGAGCGAGUUAGAGAUAUUAACCAACCGAUUCACCUUUUUACGGAAGGUACCGCCAGUAAACCGAAUUCUAGUUAAUCGUUAUUCAAUUUCAAAUGAUGAACAAACAGAACCUGCCUUCAAAGCCACAAAUGAGAACAAACUUAGAUCAGCUGAAGCGAUUAUAACCUAACUGCGAAUGUAAAUAUUUAUCCAGAAUGACUAGUGUAAGAUAAGGUCCCUAUUGAAAGUCAUUCGAUUGCCCUAUGUUUAAGUAGCAGCUGUUUAUAUGCAACCAAAUUUGAAACAGAAGCGUUCUGUUGAUGGAGAUCUCACAGUUUUGAAACAAAUCAGACAUUCUAACCGAAAAGCCCGUCAAAAGCAUUCAGUCGCACUCAAUCAUUUCGAAAAGCACCGAAGUUUAUCAAACAGGAAAUAUCGACAACUAGAAGAAAA